AUGGCGCCAGGAGCAGUAGCCGCUGUCUCCAGAGGGCCUACAAAGCUCAAACAAACCGCAAAAGUUCGGCUAUGGAAGGGCAAGCCGGGCGCAGAGGUCGACAUUGACGAUUCAGACGAUGAUGAUGAGGACGAGGAGGAAGAGUCUGUGGUAAAGAAGCGGAAGCGGUUCCAGGCGGAACAGGCGGCGGAGAGAGCAGCAAGGCUGGAUAAGGAUGUGGUGGCUGGUGGAGCAGGAAGGGUGUUGCGGCAAAGUGCGGCGGGGAAUCUGAAGGUGGAUCUGAAGAAUGUGGAGGUGGGCAAGGCGAUGCCAAUACCUGUCAAGAAGGAGGAGGAGGAGAGCGAAGAAGAAGAGACGGACGAUGAGGAGGAAGAAGAAGAGGUCAAGCCGAAGACUACCAUCCCCAGACCGCCCGGAUCUGAGUCUAGCGAGUACGAAACAGAUAGCGAGGAGGAAUCAGAAGAGGAAAAGAAGCCAGCCUUCCGACCUGUCUUUGUCCGGAAAGAUCUGAGGGGGAUGACGCAGGAGAAGGCGCAGGCGCUCGCAGAGGAGAAGAUCAAGCAGGAGGAGGAGUCGCAGGCUCAGCGCAAGAACGAUAGUAAGGAGAUUGCGGGCGAGACCAUCCGGCGAGAACUAGCAGAGAAGGAAUCAACAGAUAUCGUACCAGACAUCGACGAUACCGACGGUCUCGACCCUACCACCGACUUCGACCUGUGGCGCGCCCGAGAGCUCGCUCGACUGCUUCGCGAUAAGCAAGCCCAAGCUGCAAAGGACGAGGAGCAAGAAGAGAUCGAGCGGCGUCGUGCUAUGCCGGAGGAACAGCGAUUGCGGGAGGAUAUGGAGUUUGCCGAGGCGACACGGAAUCGCGAGAAGGGGGAGAUGGGGUUCAUGCAAAAGUACUACCACAAGGGUGCUUUCCACACGGACGACAAUCUACUCGCGCGAGACUAUACCGGCGCUACGGAGUCUGCAGUGGACGUGUCGAUGCUGCCAAAGGUCAUGCAAGUACGGGAUUUCGGAAAGGCAUCACGAACCAAAUACACCCACCUUGCCGAUCAAGAUACCUCUGCCGGAGGAUGGGGUAACGCCGCUCGUCUACCAGCAAGUAUGGGUAUUGGCGCUAGUAAUCCCAACGCCAUGGGAACGACCGAGACCGGAUGUUGGAACUGUGGCGGACCGCAUCUCCGCUCGGCGUGCCCAAAUCAAAAUAUCAACGACCCGCUGGUCCUCGCCGGCAUACCCAAUCUCGGCGGCAGCAGUACCCUGCCUGGUAUGGGGCCAUUCGGCGCAGGAAUGGGGAUGGGUAUGGGCGGCAGUAUGGGUGGCGGGAUGGGGCAAGGCGGACCAGCGAUGGACAACAGGCCCCAGGAUUCGGGAUACGGUCAGCGUCGAGGCGCGGAAGUCAGUCGGGGCGGUCAGGCAGGCAGUGAGCGACGGGAAGACCGGUCGAGCGGGGCUGGACGGAGAGAAUAUAGGGAGGAUGGGAGAGGGGAAGUGAGGCGGCGUCAUGAUGAUGAUCGCCGAGGAGGGGAUCAAUCAGACGGUCGUCGAGAAAGGCACAGGGAUGAGGAUCGACAUCGAGUCAGCAGAGAGGAGAGGGAGGGAAGGUACGAUCGUGAUGAUCGCAAACGACCGAGAAGUGCGGAUGAGCGGAAUGGAGGUCGGAAUGGGGAGGAGCGGAGAAGGAGGGAUAAGGCUGGGGACGGGGAUAGAGAUGGGGAUAAUAGGCGGCGGAGAGAAGAGCGGGAUCGCGACCGGGAUCGGGGUGGAGGCAGGGAUGGAGAGCGGGACCGGGACAGGCGGUGA